GCAACAGCCACCCCACCGUCCGCGGAGAGAGCCCGGAUAAUCUGUUUUUGCGGCGCAGGUCCAAUACAGGGACCGUCAAUGGUCUCUCUCUUUGAAAGAGAUGAUCUAUUGCAGAUAUUCUGCGGUUAUUCUUUUCCUCCCAUCAAUCAACCGAAUAUACACCGAUUUUAUGUUUUAGAGGGGCUUCCUGCUUACUCUUCCGUCUAAAUUCAGUGCUGAGUUCACUUCCGGGAUCUCAAACUGCCAAACAGACGGCUUUGGUAGUUUACUUAUUGCGUCAUGGGAGAGCUCAAAGAUGAUGUGAAGUAUGAUCCUCCUUGCCAUCCACGAGCAUGUGCUAUACAAACUUGCUUGACCAAGAACAAUUAUAAAGAGGAGAGAUGCCAAGCUCAACUAGACGCCUUAUACGAAUGUUGCAACGCAUUCUAUAAGGAGCGGGGUGAGGAUGCGCAGACACCAAGCUGUCCUAAGCCGAGUCUGCUUAAGGUCAAAUUGAAGCAGCGCGGCUUACAGAGCUGAUCUCUUCCCAGUGCUCAGAUGAGAAAUAUUGAGACAGAAGUAAUCGGUGACAGGCGUUCAUACACAUGUACAUAUUUGAUAUCUUGUAGAAGCGCAAUGCGAAUUUCGACCGUUGUUUAUCUUACGAGAGAAUGCGCUGGUAUGUAACAGUUCUUUUGCAGUCUGAGCCCUCAUAAAAAUUAAAGGCUAGGCUAGUUGAAGAACUGCUAGAUUGUUCUAAGACAACCUUGAGCGCGCGAGAGGUCCUUUGACCUGAAUGGACACUGAUCGAUCCGUUCCGAGACUCUAAUGGUUGCCUAUUU